CCUGUUUCAGUUGAUUAUACGUUACACAGCCAGACAUGAUGAGAAGGCAGGGUCCGACCAGAGGACAAUGUAUACGCCAUAGGGCCUCGACAAAAAAAAAUCCAUGUACCCCAUAAUUGAGCUCUUAUAUCUUUUUCUUUUUAUUACUUUGUUUUUUCCUUCUUCUUUCUCUUUCUCCUUCAUUCUGCUAUAUACUCCAUGUCCUCAACUUCCACAGUACCAAAGUCGCCGUUGCCGCUGCGAGCACAUUUCAAUACUUUACCAACGCGGUCAACAACUACACAACUCCAGGUUCCUCAAUAUCCAGCAGCUAUAUCGAGACUUGGGUACGCAGGAGGAAAGGGUUGUAGAGAGUGUGGCUCCCUGCUUUUCACAAAUCAAAGUAACUUUUGUAUUGAUGAUCAUGUUGGCGUACUACAUAGAAUUCCACGUUCACAAUCAACCUCGAGCCUUCAUGACCUAGUAUCCGAUCUUCGCCUGCAACAGCAACAACAGGCAAGUAAAUUAAAU